GAGCACCAGAACGAGGAGCUGUAUGAGAAGGCGGUCUCAAUCCUCGAGACCUACUUCGAGUGCGAGGAGGGCGAGGACCAGAACCUCGCGCCCGCGGCCGGCGCCAACGCCUACGCCUUCGGCGCCGCCGCGCCCGCAGCCGCCGGCGCCGGCGGCUUCAGCUUCGGCGGCGGCGGCGGCGGCGGCGCGGCGGGGGGCGGCGCGGGGCCGUUUAACUUUGCGGGCGGCGCGCAGUGA